UGACAGAAGAAAAAAAAAACCGCCGUCGUUUUCUUUGUGCGUGCGUGACUUUGUGCGUGCAGCAAGUCAGCAGCAGAGAUCAUCUGUCCUUUCUGUCGGGCGCGUGCGAGUGUGCAAAAGGCCUACCCAGCGGCGCUCGUGCAGUUCGCCACACGCAAACGUUGCCAGGCUGCGGCUUGUGAUUGGCAGGUGGCAGCAGCACAGGAGUUGAAGAUUCGUCGUGGGUUGCUUUUGCUUUGCUUUGCUUUGCUUUGCUUUGCUCGAGGCGAAACCUUCGGGUCAGGAAGUGCGCAAGCAGCAAAGGGUGGUCAGAGUGCUGAUCCUGAAGCAACACGGGCAGCGCCAUCCCAUCACACAACGCGGCGUUAAGUUCAAGCAGCUGUGUAGUGCGGAAGGACACGUGUGUUGUGUUGUGUGUGUGUGUAUGUGAGUGUGUGGCUAUGAAAUCAUAGCGGCCACAGUAACCUCCACAACAACAGCAGCAGCCGAAGCAGCGGCAGCAGCAGCCGAAGUAGCAGCACGGCAAUGACCACCAACGCAACAGCUGCUUCUGCGAGCAGUAGCAGUGGCGGCGGUGCGAGUGGUGGUGGCAGUGGAGGGUCAAGACGACGCCAUCACAUGUACGAGGAUGAUGGCGGCGGUGGCGGUGCUGACAGCGCCCACACACGGCUCCUGCUUGUGCAGGACGAGACACACUACCGCCGGCACGCCCACCCCGCCAGCGACACAGACGAUGGCGGCGGCAGUGGUAGUGGCAGCAGCGGUGCUGGCGACACUGGUGCAGCCGCUGUUGCGGCAGCUGCAGCAUUGCGUGGGUGUCCCACGACGCUUCGCGGCGUGCGUCUUCGCUUGAAACGCCUCAUGGCCACAUCCGACCUGGCACGCGCCGUCAUUCCUUCCGUUGCCAUCAUCAUCGCAUAUUGGUGUGUGUACCUGUUCCGCUAUCCCGUGUACCUGUUGGAGAACGAUGACUUUUCGCAGCCCACCAUGGCUGGUCUGGGUGUCAAGACGUGGAUGUCAACUGCAUCUGUCCUCGCAAUGGCCGUUUCUAAAUUCCCGGCAAUACGCGUGCUGAGCGCACUCAAGCCCGCGCACCGCUUCCGCUUCCUCAUCGCCACGUUUGUGCUUGGCGGGCUGGGCUUCACCGCCUUCCUGCCCCUCGACAUGCCUGUGCUGGCAACGCUUGGCAUGUUCGCUGCGGGGUUCCCCACCGGGUGCAUCUACACGGCCCUGCUCGCGUACCUCGAAGGGCGGCAGAACACGGAGCUGUACAUAUCCGCCCUCAACAUGGUGGUCGUGUUUGGCAGUUCGGCGGCGCGCGCCGUUGCCCGGGCCCUGCUUGGUGUUGUCGCGCCACUGCUCAUGCCACUCCUCAUCGUGCUGCUCGCAACACCGGUGUUUGUCGUCUGCACAUAUGUUCUCGACUGCAUCCCGCCGCCGUCGCUCAAGGACCAGCAGUCGCAGUCCGUCCGCAAGCCGAUGCCCGCUCCUGAACGCAACCAUUUUCUCAAGUCCUUCUGGCCGGGGCUGGUGUGCAUCAACAUUGCAUAUAUGGCCGCUGUUGCGCUGCGCUCCUAUCGCGACUUCUUCGCCAAUGACAUAUACACACCGCUUCUCGGGCGGUCCCCGCAACCACAGGACUACCUUGCUGCCGACAUUCCAGGCGGAAUUGUGUCCACAAUCCUGCUGCUGCUGCUUGUCCGCAUCCGAAACAACAGGCGGGCGUUUAAGCUGUGUCUGUCGCUGCUGGCUGUUGGGGGCUGCAUUGCAAUGCUCGCCGUUGUUGCAUAUGUGCGCAGCGCGCUCACGGGCUACUCCCUCAUCAUCCUGAUUGGGUGUGCGACGUUUGUGUCGAUUGUGCCGUUUUCUGGCUCGCUGUACGAUCGAUUGCUCGCCGCCACACACACGGACGGCACCUCCGUCUUCCUCGUGCUAAUCAGCGACUGCUUUGGGUAUGUUGGCGCCAUUGCUGUUCUCCUCUACCGCCCCUUCUCCUCCGCCUCUGCCGAUUACGACGGCUUCUUCAUCAAGGCCUGCGCUGUCGCUGGCCUUGCGUGCGUUGCUGCGGGCUUUGCGGCGAGCGUUUACUUCUCCCGCCGCCUUCACUCGGACUCGUACCGCCCACUCCGCAGACACGACGACGACGACGACGACGACGACGACGACAAUGCCGUGACUGUCACCGCUGCUGCUGCUGCUGCUGCGCGCGAAAGCGACGACCAUGAUGGUCACGCGACGAUGGUAGAAUCACGCGUGUAGUGAAACCUUUCCAUUCGCCCUUCCCGUCACCUGUUAAUCAAAGGCUGCGCUACGCAAGUCGGCAGCCAACGUUUCUUCAUCGAUUUAGAUAGACGACGCCCCGGCACCAGUAGAAACCAUGCCCCUUGUUUGAUUGAAGCACCCCAGACGAUGGUGUUUGUCAGAUAGCACCUGCGUCAUACCUUUGCUUCCCCUUCAUCCCCCUCCCCUCUCUCUCCGUCUCUGUGUCCCGUCUCCCCAAUCCUCCCUGCCUCGUGUACAUUGUUCGUUACUGUUGAGCGGAAAUGGUUAUGGUUAUGGGUGUAUUGUUGCAUUACAGCAUGGCACAUCCCAAA